AUGGCGGCGGUGGCGGUGCCACAGCCGGAGCCCGAGCCGGGGCUGGGGUCGAGCGGCUCUUUCCGCCGCUACCUGGCGCGGUUGGACGCCCUGCGGCCGCAGCCCGGCUCGGAGCGGCCCGGCGGCCGCCGCACCGAGCUCCACCUGCUCUUCGACCAGCUCAUCUCGGAGAGCUGCGGCCCAGUGGCGCCGGCGGGGCCCAGCGCGCAGGAUGUUUGUGCUUUGCUUGUCCAAGCCUGUCAGCUGGUUAAUUUUGAUCAAGAACACCUCGUCAGCAAAGUCUGUCAGCUCAUCCAUCACUUACUUAACAGAUUUCAGGUGAUAGUUGAUGAACAGAACUUGAAUUUUCUUCUCUCCUACUCCAUUUCUGCUCUUAAGCAAUGCAGCUCUUGGACACAUGUUGAAAUUCUGCAAGCCUUAGCAGCUCUUGUUUACAAUAAUGGACCUAAAUGUCAGAAGUAUCUCCCAGAUUUGCUGGGGAAGGCUGGACUUCUGUUACAGUUCAGUGAUUCUGCUCAGUCGGAUGUGGAGCUCAGGAGGGCAGCAGUACGCAGCAUGGCAAACUUGUGUCUCAGUGUUCCUGGACAGCCAUAUUUGGAUGAGUCUUACAGAAGUGUCUGUUUUCAAACUUUUCUAAGUAUUCUGCAGUCUUCUAAAACCUCCAAUGUAGAUGACAUCACCUUUUGCAUGUUGCUGCAAAAUGCGCUGAAAGGCAUCCAGUCACUUCUAAAUGGUGGGAAGAUGAAACUAAUGCAAACUGACCAACUUGGAUCUCUUCUUGCAGUAUUAAAGAAAUGUAUGUUUCAUGGACUGCCAGGACUGAGCAUAGAAAUGCCUCCCGCCUUGUACCCAGCUCCAUUACCUCAGUAUGAUAAAAGGUCGCCUGUCAAACAGGAACAAUCGGAAUUGGCUGCCUUUAAGCAAACAGGGAACCGAAGAAAAAAGUCCAAAGGGAAACAAAAGAAGGGAGAGUUUGGGGAAGACACAAAAGAAGAUUUGCCUGAUACAGGAAAUGAAUCAGUCCAUGAAAUAGACAUGCUGAAAUUACACUUGGGGGAUGUGCAGAACAGGCCCUGUUCAGAUUCUCAAACUCAUGCGUUAGAUGUUACAUACAUGCAUGCUGGAAAGGAUCACUUAUCUUCACAUUAUAAUAGUUGGAAAAGAAUCAGCAGUAGUGAGUCAGAGUAUUCUGAUGCUGAAGGUGGAAUACAAAGCAAAAUGAGAUCUUACCAAGCUAAAGUUCGUCAGGGUGCUCUAGCCUGUUUUCUCUCUGCUAUAAAAUCAAUAGAAAAAAGAGUUCUUUAUGGCUACUGGUCAGCAUUUGUUCCUGAUGCACCUGGUAUUGGCAGCCCUCAGUCAGUGUCGUUGAUGACUAUCGCUUUAAAGGACCCUUCUCCAAAGACACGUGCCUGUUCUCUUCAAGUUCUCUCAGCCAUACUGGAAGGUUCUAAGCAGUUUCUUUCUGUUGCUGAGGAUGCUAAUGAUCACAAGAGAGCUUUUACUCCCUUCUCUGUAACUAUUGCUUCUAGCAUCCGAGAAUUGCACCGCUGCCUGCUGCUAGCCCUGGUAGCAGAAUCCUCCUCUCAAACUCUGACACAAAUAAUCAAGUGCCUUGCAAAUUUGGUUUCAAAUGCACCAUACAACCGUUUAAAGCCUGGUCUACUCACAAGAAUUUGGAACCAGAUAAAGCCAUACAUUUGUCAUAAAGACGUUAAUGUACGAGUUUCUGGUCUCACAUUAUUAGGAGCUAUAGUAUCCAUCCAAGCACCUUUACCAGAAGUGCAGCUACUUUUGCAACAGCCCAGUUCUUCAGGACUAAGUAAUAGUGGUACUGGCACCCCUCAUUGUUCUAAUUCUUCAGAGCAGUGGAGAAAAACACACUCCUUGAAAGGGGAACCUCCAGAUAACCCAGGGAGAAUACUUUCAGAACCAUGCUGGCUCAUCCGUCUAUGUAUUUCCAUCAUUGUUCUACCCCGAGAGGAUUCCUGUUCUGACAGUGAUACUAACUUUCCAUCUGGGAGCGUUUAUGAACCUUCUCCUGUUCGACUGGAAUCCUUGCAGGUGUUGGCCCUUCUUGUAAAAGGCUAUUUCUCUAUGGCUCAGAGCUAUUUGCUAGAGCUUGGAGAAGUGGCUUGCAAAUGCAUGGAAGAAAUGGAUCCAUCUAUUCAGCUUCAUGGAGCCAAGCUGCUGGAGGAGCUAGGCACAGGUAUAGUGCAACAGUACAAACCUGAUUCGACCAUUGCCCCUGAUCAGAGAGUACCGGUCAGUGUGGUUGUAACUUUCUGGACUAUGAUGUUAAAUGGCCCUUUACCUGGUGCCCUUCAGAAUUCUCAACAUGCCACUCUUCAGACGAGUGCCUGCGAUGCUCUUUCUUCUAUCUUACCAGAAGCUUUCAGCAGUCUGCAGAAUGAUCAGCAGAUACUAUGCAUUACUCUGCUGCUUGGUCUGAACCACAGUGAGAACCCCCUGGUGAAAGCUGCUGCUGCACGUGCACUUGGAGUCUAUAUCCUCUUCUCUUGCCUUCGGCAGGAUGUGAUGUUUGUGGCAGACACAGCAAACGCUAUCCUGAAUUCGCUCCAUGACAAAUCUCCAAACGUCCGUGCCAAAGCAGCUUGGUCCCUGGGCAAUCUUACAGACACUCUGAUCGUCAACAUGGAAACAAUGGGACAAAGUUUUCAAGAGGAAUUUUCUGACCUUCUACUGUUGAAAAUGUUACGGUCAGCAACUGAAGCAUCCAAGGACAAAGACAAGAUAAAGAGCAAUGCAGUCCGAGCCCUUGGGAAUCUGCUUCAUUUCCUUCAACCGUAUCAUAUAAGAAACCCCAGGUUUAGGGAAACCAUCGAAGAAUCUAUUCAGGCCCUUAUUUCUACUGUUCAGAGUGAGGCCACUAUGAAAGUGCGCUGGAAUGCUUGUUACGCACUGGGGAAUGUAUUUAAGAACCCUGCCUUGCCACUCGGAGAAGCUCCUUGGACCACACAAGCAUAUAAUGCACUUUCCUCAGUAGUGAAGUCAUGCAAGAAUUUCAAAGUCCGAAUCAAAUCGGCCAUGGCCCUCUCCAUCCCUACCAAGAGGGAAUGUUAUGGAUCUACUGAACAGUUCUGCCAGAUCUGGAGUGCCUUGGUGGUAGCCUUGCAGAAAAGUGAAGACACUGAGGACUUCCUGGAAUUUAAGUACAGUGCCAGCCUCAGAACGCAGAUCUGCCAAGCUCUGAUUCAUUUGUUAAGCCUGGCAAAGACUACAGACCUGCCGUUCAUUUUGGAAACUAUAACAGAAAAUGGGGAUGCAAUCAAAUCCUAUGUGUUGCAAUAUAUGAAAUCUGGAGUUGAAGAAAACGAAGCAGGAAUGCACACAAACUUGUGUGAGAGGGAGAAAGCAUUGAAAGGAGCUAUUGAGCAUCUCUAUGGGAUAGAGAAACAGCUGGAGGGCAAAGCUAGAAUAAGAGUGUCUGUUUAUCUAGAAGAUAUUUUGACAAACCAUGUCAGUGCUACUGAAUUAACAGAGGCUUAGAAAGAAACACCUGUUUUGGUGACCAAUAAAUUAUGCUUCUGAUUGUACAAA